UUUCAGCACUCAGCAGUCGAGUGACCCAUUUCAUUCAGGAGAAGAACGUACUUUUAUUGGGAAAAAACUUCUUGGAUUUACUCUCGUAUGUCUUUCUUCAACCCCUUAUUAUGAGGGCUGUAGCGACGGCUGUGUCGCUCCUAGCCAUUCUCCAAGUUGUGAGCACGCGCAGAGAUUGCAUCACAUGCGAGCAUUACUUUAUGUGCCGCUCAGACUGCGUGUGUGUGCACAGAGACUGGCUAUGCGACGGGGAGCCGGACUGCACGGAUGGCUCAGACGAACUGGACUGUCAGCAGUACAAAUGCCCUGAGAACGAGUUCACAUGUACCAAUGGGCGUUGUGUGAAGACCAAGUGGCUCUGUGAUGGGGAUGACGACUGUGGGGAUGGCUCGGACGAGCUCAAGUGCCCCCAAAUGAACUGUUCAAAGGGAGAGCUUCAGUGUGCCAACGGCAAGUGUGUACCCCAGAACUGGCGCUGUGACGGAGACGACGACUGUGAGGAUGGCACGGAUGAGCAAUGCCCUCUCCAAGACUGCAAGCCGGGCCAGUUCCGCUGUUCUGACGGCUCCUGUAUCGCGUACAUGUGGAAGUGUGACAGCGAGGUGGACUGUAGCGACGGGAGUGACGAAAGACAUUGUGCGGAGCUGUCGCGGCCAGUGUGUAGCAACAACCAGGUGCAGUGUGAGAAGACCCUCAAGUGUAUCUGGAAGGAGACUCUGUGUGACCAGGAGAACGACUGUGGCCAGUGGGAGGAUGAGAUGAACUGUGGUCACUGCCAGCCAGGAGAAUUCAACUGUUCCAAUGGCGCUUGCAUCAACCUCAGCUGGAGAUGUGACGGAGAUAGAGACUGCCAAGAUGCCAGUGACGAGGCUGGAUGCGCACUUCUGGAGUGCGAUGAUUCACAGUUCCGAUGUGAUUCUGGCUUCUGUAUUGACGAAAAGAAGCACUGCGAUGGGAAUGCCGACUGUUCGGAUGACAGUGAUGAGAUUGGAUGCACCCCAAGAAAAUGUCGCCUGGACCACUUCAGCUGUGCUAAUGGAACGUGUUUACAUCUGCACAAAGUGUGUGACGGUACACCGGACUGCCCGGACGGUGCUGAUGAACGAGCCUGUGAUAAACUCCCAAUGACAUGCAACGGAGACUGUGAGCAGAACUGCAGGUCGGUGGCUCACGGCGUGCGCUGUUGGUGUAACAAAGGGUAUCGCCUCAGGGAAGACAAGAGGUCCUGUGAAGAUGUGGAUGAAUGUAAAUACGAUGGAACGUGCAGCCAAAUCUGUCGCAACUCCCAGGGGUCUUUCAAUUGCUCUUGUGUUCCUGGUUACCAGCUAAAGCCUGAUGGUAGAGGAUGCAAGGCGCUGGGUGGUGAAGCCUACCUGAUAUUUGCCAACCGCGUGGACAUCCGGCGCGUGACCCCCGACAAGUCUGAGUACACGUCCAUUCUGCGAGGACUGCAGAAUGCCAUAGCCCUGGACUUCCACCACAAGCACGGCUUAGUGUUCUGGAGCGACGUCACCCUGGACGUCAUCAAGAGAGCCCACCUCAACGGCAGUCACGUCACUGACAUUGUGUCGGACGGCUUAGAGAAUCCAGUGGGAAUUGCCGUGGACUGGAUCCAUGACAAGCUCUUCUGGACUGACGCAGGCACUUCGCGUAUUGAAGUGGCCAACCUGGAUGGCUCCUACCGUCGUGUGAUCCUGUGGCAGAACAUGGAGAAACCCCGAGCCAUUGCAGCAUUUCCCCGACAAGGGAUAAUAUUUUGGACUGACUGGGGCAGUACCCCAAAGAUUGAGCGUGCAGGAAUGGAUGGAAGUCUUCGCAUGGUGCUGGCCAACUCUUCUCUCUUCUGGCCCAACGGCCUCACGGUCGACUACGCUGCUGAGAGGCUGUACUGGGCAGAUGCCAAGCAUCAUGUGAUCGAAUGUUCCAACCUCGACGGCUCCCACCGCAGAACAGUCAUCAGUGAAGGUUUACCUCACCCUUUUGCCCUGACUAUAUUUGAGGACGAGCUGUACUGGACGGACUGGUUCACCAAAAGCAUCAACAAAGCUGACAAGUUCAGCGGCAGUCAUGUGGAGACCGUACGCUCUAGCCUUUUCUUUCCCAUGGACAUACACACCAUGCACCCGCAGAGACAGCCCCCAGAAAAGAACAAGUGUGGCUCUAACAACGGAGGCUGCAGUCGUCUGUGUCUGCCCCACGAGAGUGGCUACACCUGUGCCUGCCCCACUGGACUCAUGCUGGGCAAGGACCGAAACACUUGUGCUGAAGUUCUGGACAGCUUCAUCCUGUUCUCCACCCAGACAGAUGUACGCCGGAUCUCCAUCGACGUGCCAGAACUGACCGAUGUUGUGAUCCCCCUGAGUGGCCUGGACAGUGUGGUGGGAGUGGACUUUGACAGUGGCACCAACUCCAUCUUUUGGUCAGACAUCGGAGUGGACAGCAUUGGGCAGGCCUCCUGGGACGGCAAUGAUGAGCAGCUCAUCGCAGACACCAGCCUGGACUCCCCAGCAGGCAUAGCGUAUGACUGGGUAGGCCGUAACCUGUACUGGACGGACAGCGGCAACGACCGCAUCGAAGUGAGCAACGUCAACACCAAGAUGAGGACGGUGCUUCUGUGGAGAGAUCUGGAUCACCCUCGUGACAUCGUGGUGCAUCCCCGCCUAGGCCUGAUGUUCUGGACGGAGCUGGGCAAAACUGCUCGCAUUGAGCGAGCUGCGAUGGACGGCACUGACCGUCAGGUGAUCGUAGGUCACAACACGACCUGGCCCAAUGGCCUCAGCAUCGACUACACGGAUAAUCGCCUCUACUGGGUGGACGCAGGCACUCACGCCCUUGAGUGCUCCUCAUUUGAUGGAACCAAUAGAAAAGUGCUCAUCUCAGUGAAUCUCCAGCACCCGUUUGGCGUGACGGUAUACCAGAACUCUGUGUACUGGACCGACUGGCACACCGGCAGUAUACACUUUGCCGACAAGGACACGGGGAGUAGCCAGGGGGUGUUGGCUUCAGGGUUUGGCCACAUUAUGGACCUCAAGGUUUUCCACAGGGACAGAGAGAAUGUGUCCAGUGUGUGCUCUCAGAACAACGGAGACUGCAGUCACCUGUGUCUACUGGCCCCCGCCCCACAGAGGUACAGGUGUGCAUGUCCCACCGGGCUCCUGCUGGGAUCGGAUGGCAAACAGUGUCAGACAGAGAUGCGCAACUUUCUGAUCUUCACCCGGCGUCAAGAUAUUCGUAAAAUCUCUCUGGAGGUCGAGUACUACAUGGACGUGGUCAUACCUGUGGGAGACCUCAAGAACGCCAUAGCUAUUGAUGUGGACAUUUUGGAAGGUAAAAUGUACUGGACAGACACUGUACUUGAUCGUAUUUCUCGUGCAAAUCUGAACGGCUCAAAUGUAGAAAAAGUUGUGGAGCAUGGCAUACACACAGCUGAUGGGUUGGCCGUUGACUCUGUCGGCCGUAAGAUCUACUGGACUGAUGAUGGCCACAAUCGCAUCCAGGUUGCCAAUUUGGAUGGUUCCAUGAGGACAGUGCUGAUUUAUCAAGAGCUGGAGAAACCCAGAGCAAUUGCCCUGCAUUAUGACAAAGGAUACAUGUUCUGGACGGACUGGGGCAAACAUGCACGCAUUGAGCGAGCUGACAUGGAUGGUGGGAACAGAAGAAUUAUUGUCUCUGACCGUCUCAUCUGGCCAAACGGCCUCACAAUUGAUCGACCAAUGAACAGAAUUAUUUGGGCUGAUGCACGAAAUGGGUACAUUGAAUGUGCGGACUUGUCAGGCAAACACCGCCGUGCUCUGGUGACCAAAGUGAGCCAUGCUUAUGGACUGACUGUUGCUGGACAGUCCAUCUUCUGGACCGACUGGCUGGAGAGCUCAAUCCAUCGAGCCAAUAAGAAUCUGGGAACCAACGUGACGAAGGUCAGAGACAACCUGCCAGGCAUAAUGGACAUCCACGCUGUCCAGAUCGAAGGCAUCGCUACUCACGUGAACCGGUGUGGCAAGAACAAUGGAGGAUGUAGCCACUUAUGUCUGCCACACCCGCGGGGGACGACCUGUGCUUGCCCGACUGGCAUCCUGAUGAAAGAGGACGGCAGAACCUGUCAUGAAGUGCCUAGCAAGUAUUUGCUGUUUGCGGCCAGGGGUAGCAUCCGGCGUAUCUCGCUGGACACCGCUGACCACACAGACGUCUACCUGCCCCUGCCAGACCUUCACAAUGUCAUUGCCCUGGACUUUGACUACAAAGAGAGCACUGUGUACUACACCGAUGUGUACUUGGACGUCAUACGGCGUGCAUCCCUAAAUGGCAGUCAAUGGAUGGAGACUGUGGUGCAGAAAGAGCUAGCAACCACUGACGGGCUUGCUGUGGACUGGAUAGCUCGCAAUUUGUACUGGACAGAUUCAGGCCAUGAUGUCAUUGAGGUGUCCAGACUGGACGGGUCCAGCAGAAAGACGCUGAUUGAUGCUGAUCUGUUGGAGCCUCGAGCCAUCGCUCUGUUCCCCAGGAAAGGACUCAUGUUCUGGACUGAUUGGGGCAUUAGACCAAAGAUUGAGAGAGCUUAUCUGGACGGUUCAACUCGCAAAGUCAUUGUGGACACAGUUCUUGGUUACCCGAAUGCCCUCUCAAUUGACUAUGAAGCGAUGCGGCUGUAUUGGGUUGAUGCAAAGCUAGACAAGAUUGAGACCUCAGACUUAGCCGGACGGAACAGACUAACAUUGCUGCAACAAGUUCCUCAUCCUUUUGGUUUGGCUGUGUUUGAGAACUUCAUCUACUGGACCGACUGGCAGACGGAGCUGGUGGAGCGAGCGGAGAAGAUGAGCGGGGCGAACCGCCAGACAGUACAGAGCAGGCUGGAGGGUCUCAUGGACCUGCACAUCGUCUCCCCUCUACGCCAGACGGGCACCAACAACUGCAGUGCUAACAACGGGGGCUGUACUCACCUGUGCCUGGCCCGCCCUGAUGGCUACGUGUGUGCCUGUCCAAACAAACAGGACGACCGACCAUGCAGUGAAGUGCCAUCGUAUUCUGUACAGGAGGGGUCCAAAAUUGUCAACAUUGACAUCAGUUCUGUGCAUGAGUGUUCUGAAGAAGACAAAGAGCUGGGGGUAUGUGAGGACCAGCCCCACUCACACAGUGGUUCUGUCAACACAGAGAAUCACGAGUCCUCAGACAAUGGCCCAUACGUCGCUGUGGCUGUUGUCCUUAGUGUGCUACUCAUCUUUAUCUUGAUUGCCUUUUUCAUGUGGAAAAGACACCGAAGGCGACAUUACAAUGUGGAAGAAUUCUCUGCUCUGACUUAUGCCAACCCAACCUACCAGCGAGCCAGCACGGAGACCAUCAACUCAGAGAAGCAGCUGGGCCAAAAUUAUCCCCAUUUCCGCUAUCAUGCAAGUGAUGAGCGACUGACCAAUGGGCCCAGUGACACGGAGUCGAUGUCUAGCCGUAAGGAGAUGGCCGCUCUGAUGCCGCCUCACCAGCAAGUGCCGAGUGGAGGCCGGUCGGACGGUUCUGUUAGUGUGGCUGGGUUCAAGUCUCGAUGGACUCGCCAUUCGGAGGAGACAGAGGAAGAGCUGGAUGAGCUGGAGGUAGCCGUGCCCUACAAGUCUGUGCUCCAGUGAUCACCUCCUUCUCUCUCUCUCUUCAUCUCCCUCUCUCUCUCUCCGUCCCUCUCUCCCCCAUCCCUCCCUCUCCCUCUCUCUCUCUUUCUCUCUCUCGCUCUCAAGGCCCCCUGGUGGUGGAGGAGGCGGAGGGGAAGCCUGGCCUCACGAGCCAGCACGCGCAUGCAUUGCUGUGAUAUGUACAGAUCCAGGCCAUUGGCUGACAACUGGCUUUAUCGUUACACUGUGUGUGUGUGUGUGUGCGUGUGUGUGUGUGCACAAAUACACACGUGUUUUAUCUAUAGGGCUUCCGUCUUGUUAGGGCUACCAUGUUUGUGGACUUUUGCAGGACUCUUGUUGAUUUGUAUAUAUACAUAUGUAUAGGCCUAUAUAUGAAAGUUACUCAUGGUAAUGUUACUCGUGUGUGGCUUUUGCUUUGUGGGAUAGGAAACUUUUUUUUUUCCAGACGCACUUAGCGAAACCCGCCUUACAGCAAGUAUAGCCUCAGACUCGCACAAUGAAAGUAUUUUCAAUGAAUGUAAACCAGAGACGUAUUGGGGGUGUGGCUGCCUCGAAACAGUUUAGGGGUAAAAUCAACACCAAGUAUCAGCGUGCCAGUUUGCGCAAAAACUGGAUGCAUGUUGUGGACUAUUUAGAUUAGCUCAAGAUCAAACUGUUUAGACGUGUACACACCAAGCACACAAUUAUACCUAAUGAAUUAACUGAAGUAAGACUCUCAGCAAUAUUGCCAGUAUUUCAGGCCCCUCUGGGAGUUGCCAAAUGAUUUACAUUUGAGUUUGAGCACUCUGUGAGAUUUUUAUUUUUAACUUACAUGCAUAUAUAUAUAUAUAUAUAUAUUCCCUUGAACGUUCAGUUCAAUGAAGGUUUUGAGUGUCAUUAUCACUGUGAGUUUUUGAUGCAGCUUUCUUUGCCUUUCUUAUAAUGUUCUAAACUUCAACAGAAACUUGGCUGGGUUGGGUUUUUUUUAACAAUUCAUGAAAUAUGAUUGAAUUGCUUGAAGCUGGGGAAGUUAUUCUCUUUGGGUUUGGGGUUUUUGCUAUCAUAUGUCCAGGUCAAACAGUGAGUAACUUGCAUCUGUAGGGUAAUGCCUAUGCUCUAUGCAGUUGCAUACAGAAAAAUGAGUUUGAUGUGCGGGUAGGAAAUUCUAUGUUAUCGAGAGUCUCCAUCUUUCUACUGGGAUACUGUACACCCACUCAGCCUUAGUUGGCCCAGAUGGGUUGGGUCGAAGUCAGAGCAGUCCACCUUCUAACUUACCUAAAUUGUGUUGAUGGGGCCGUUAAACAUAUGUAUGUAGAAUCAAUGACUCUGUGUGACCCAUGACAUUUUCUGGUUUGAUGUCGGAGCAUUCCUAUGAGCCUCCUGCUGUCCCCUGUACAUUUUGUAUUGCUUUGUAACUUUGUAUUUCUCUAGUUAUUUGUAGACACUGCCAAAGAAUAUUUUAUGCUUUCACAAUGAAAUACAUUGUGUAUUAUAAUGUGUUAUCAUUUCAUGUCCAUAUUAUUCCUAUCAGCAAUCCAUUGAUAGAAUUUAGAGAAAAGUGUGAAGAGAAAUAACCCGUCCAGUACAGGAUAGUUUUAACCCCAUAUGCAGUGCGAAAAGAGAUUUAACAAAACUUGUAUAACAUCAUUCGCAAAGAUACUCAUGUAGCAAUACAGCAA